AGUCAAGCGGGUCCACCAACAGGGGCGACGACCCAAUCAGCACCGCGCGAGCGGCACCAAUACUUAAGGCGUGUGUGUGUGUGAGUAGGCAGGCUAGAUUACUGUAAACAUAACUGGAGCUGCUCUCCACGGCAUCCCCCUCUUUCCCCUUUACCCACCUACUCUCCUGCCUUCGUCUCCAAGCUCUUCCCCGAUCCGAUCUGGUUGUAAGCUACUCCGCCGAGAUCCGUUACAAUCUGGUAUCAGAGGUCCAGUACUCCAUCGAUCUGGAGACCGCCUACCCCAAGCCCCGUUACCAGACGAAACAAGCCCAGCAGGCGGCGGCGAUGGAGGAGCAGCUCGCGGCCCUCGCCAAGGCCGUCACAGAUGGGCGCAUCGCCACCGAGGCGAGGAUGGAUGCGAUCCAGACCUCCUUCGAGUUGUGGCGCCCCGCCGUCUCCCAUAUCCAGAAGCAGGUGGAUGAUCUACGCGGACAGGUUGGGCGCAUCGCGCUCCACCCUGCGCUGGUGGCGCAUCCGGAUCCGAUCCCAGAGAGCGACACGAUGGUGCGGCCAGCGUCGUCUACAAGCCACGACGACCCCGAACACCACGGGUCGAGAGGCCACGACGAGAUCGACGACACUGGGGGUCAGGCAUAUGGCGUGGUCACCACCCAUAUACCGCCUCCGGUCAAGGGUAGCAGUAGAAAUACUGAAGGAGCGCGUCGUCAAGACAACUCAAGGCGAUGCCAGACGGGUACUCGUGCGCUGGACCCAGCUCCCGGCAUCCAUGGCCACCUAGGAAGAACCGGGAUCGCUCUGGCAACGGUUUUCUUCUUCGCUGGCUUGGGGACAAGCCAUUCGCCAAGAAGGGGAGAAUGUCAGCACUUCUACGUCAAUGGCAAUGACAGAGGGGCCCGGGGGUCAAGCGGGUCCACCAACAGGGGCGACGACCCAAUCAGCACCGCGCGAGCAGCACCAAUACUUAAGGCGUGUGUGUGUGUGUGUGAGUAGGCAGGCUAGAUUACUGUAAACAUAACUGGAGCUGCUCUCCACGGCAUCCCCCUCUUUCCCCUUUACCCACCUACUCUUCUGCCUUCGUCUCCAAGCUCUUCCCCGAUCCGAUCUGGUUGUAAGCUACUCCGCCGAGAUCCGUUACAGUAUGUGCUGCCGUACAACUGCUAAUGCACGCCAACAUGUUCUAGUUUUAA